CCUCCCCCUUCGCUCGCUUCCGCUCCUCCGCUCCCAAACCUCCCCAAUCAGCAGCUCUAGGGUUUUCGCCGCCGCCGCCGCCGCCCAUGGACGCCACUCCGGACCGCGCCAAUGCCGACCUCCGCCGCCGCCUCGCCGUCGACGCCCCUCCACCGCCCCAGAUCGCCAGAGAGAAGCAAGGCCUGGAUACUGAAAUACCCCUUUCUCCUCAGUGGCUUAUGAAGGUGGCAGAAAACAAGGAUCCCACUUCACAGGGUGUCCGCUCAGAUGUUUCAAAGACAUCAGGAAGUGGUGAAGACCCGGGCUACAGUGCAAAGAAAAAGGAUGUUUUCAGGGCUUCUGUGCUUGAUGGUGAAACUGGGCGACGUGACCGCUGGCGUGACGAUGAAAGGGAACCAAAUUCAACCCAUCGGUGGAGUCGCUGGAGGGAGACGGACAAGGAACAUGGUGAUCCACGCAAAGUGGAAAAAUGGUCAGAUGACACCUCCAAGUAUUCUGUGGAUAGUCGUCGUGCUCCACAGGAGCGCUGGGGUGAUUCCAAUAAUAAGGAAGGCAACUAUGAGCAACGCCGUGAGAAUAAGUGGACUGCACGUUGGGGUUCCAAUGAUAAGGAGUCUGAAAAUUGGCGUGAUAGGUGGGGUGAUUCAGGCAAAGAGGGUGAUGCUUCCCGUGAAAAAGGUUUCUCUCACUUUACUGCACAUGGGAAGGAUGGAAACAAUCAUGAAAAGGAUACUGAACGGGAUGACAAUGUCUCUCGUUCAUGGAAAUCUAGUUAUCCUGUGGGCCGUGGGCGAGGAGAUUUGUCUCAUCAUCCCUCUCAGACUCCACAGAAGUCAUCCGCUACUUAUGGAUAUGGUAGAGGGAAGCCAGACAAUGAUUUUGCAAAUUUUCCAAGUCGUGGAAAGUUUACAUCUGGUACAAAUGCAAUCAGUAGUGGAUCUUCACGACCAUUCCAACUUGGUUUACUUUCUGACAGACCUGGUGGUCCAUCUGGAGAUCGCUCUGCAUUCAAAUAUAGUAGGAUGAAAUUGCUUGACAUAUACAGAAGUUGUGAUGUCACUGACUUUAAGAUUCCUGUUGAUUGUUUUGAGGAAGUCUCUGUGUUCUUGCAAGAAAAUGCUUUGGAACCUUUAGCAUUAUCUGCACCUAUUGCUGAAGAAGCGGCCAUUCUAAAAGCAAUCGACAAAGGGGAUAUUGUAAACAGUGGUGUUCAUCAGGCUACCAAGGAUGGUUCUGUUGGAAAAGCUGGUAGAGAAGAUCAGCAAGGAGGCAUAGAAGAUUAUAAAGGGGAAACUUUUGGAAGUGUCAGGGGUGUUCCUGGGAAUGCUGAUUUGCCAGCUAGAGGGGAGUCAUUGCGGCCUGGAACGUCUACUUAUGUUGUUCCACAAAGAUCUCAGUUUGUUGGAGAACAUCGACUUGGACCAUCUUCUGAGUUUGUUGGCCACCAAAUGCCCAAUUUCUUGAAUCAAGAAACUAAAACUGUUGGCAUGCCAGGUGUUGAUGACUUUGCCAGUAUGGUUCAGCCUCAUCCUAAUCCAGAAAGCCUUUCUCUAUUCUAUAAAGAUCCACAGGGUCAAAUUCAAGGCCCCUUUUCUGGUGCUGACAUUAUUGGCUGGUUUGAGGCUGGUUAUUUUGGUAUUGAUUUGCUGGUUCGUGUUGUGAAUGCACCCCCUGAUAUUCCUUUCUUAAUGCUUGGGGAUGUUAUGCCUCACCUUCGAGCAAAGAGGCCACCACCAGGGUUUGCCACUUCAAAGUCAAGUGAUAUGCUAGUUCAGGAGACUCAACCUGCAGGAAAGUUCAUCAGCUCCACUAGCAUGCAAGCAGGAUCAGCUGGCAUUGGAAUGUUUGACAGUGGGUCAAGUAGGAAAGAUACUGCAGUUGAGGCUCAAAAUCGUUUCCUAGAGUCACUUAUGUCUAAUACUGUGCGCAAUCCUUCUGCAGACACCAUCUCUAUUACUCGAGGUAUGAAUGAACUUGGCAGUAGUAGCUUUGGCAACAUUUCUGUGGGCGGAGGCGAGGGUGGGAUCAAUAUGAAUUAUCUUUUGGCACAGAAAGGACUGUUGGAGAAGCAAAAUUCUUUGCAAAACCCUGUUCCCUAUUGGUCAGGAGAUGCUGUUCCAAUAUCACAAGCACCUAACAAGGAUAUAGCCCCAGAAGCAUCUAUCCUACAUUCUAAAUUGCUUCCUCAGAUGGCUGAUCCGUCUCGCCAAUCUUUGCAAUCUCAGAAUGUUGAUUUGCUUGCCAUGCUGCAAUCAAAGGAGAAGCCUCAAGUGCCUACUGGUAAUUCUGGAUUGCCUCUAUGGUCCAACUACCCUGAAGUAAGAAAUGUUAAUCCUAACAUGCAUGGUGUAGACCUCGCUCAAGGGGCACUUAACAUGCGUCAAGAUCUGCAGAACUCCCAGAACAUCGGUAUGGGUGUUCAACAGCACAGCUUCAUGCCACAAACCCGACCAGCUUUGGCUCAUUUGCCACCUGAGAAGCUUGCUGAGAUAUCUCAAGAUCCACAGCUCGUAAAUAUGCUUCAGCAGCAGUAUCUAUUGUCACAACUGCAGUUGCAAUCACAGACACCUUUGACGCCUCAGCCUCAACUCUCUAUGUUGGACAAGAUGUUAUUGCUCAAGCAGCAGCAGCAGCAACAACAACAACAAUUGCAACAGCUGCAGCUUGAGCAGCAACAGAAGUUAUUGUUGCAGCAGCAACAACUACUUUCUCAUAUGGCACCUCAUGGACAUCCCAAUCAGCAGAUUGAUGAUUCUUUUGGAUUGAAGCAUGCUUCUCUUCCAUCUGGUGAUGCUAUGAAUCUUGGUCUUAGAAGAAUGCCAGAGGCUAUUGAAGUUGACCGAAAGUUGCCUGUCCAUGGCAUGCAGGUGGGGCAACAACCUAGUCAGUCAAAUAUGAAUAUGAGGGAUAUGGAUGGUGUAGCUUUAUCUCAAAGCUCUGUAACUACACUGCCGAUGCCCCAUGAAAUUGCUGUGGGUGCACUUUCGAAAGAACACUACUCUCGUCCUCAUAUGCUGGAAGGUUUUGCAAAUGACGAUGCACAAUUGAAAUCAAAUGAUGAAGCUAAGGACUCACAUGCACCAAAGGCAGAAAAUGCAUUAUCUAAUAUUUCCAGACAAGUCCAAGAAAUGAAGCUUUCUUCAGAAAAUACCUCUUCUGACAUCGCGACAGCUGUGGCAACUGAAGUUAAAGUUACUGAUGCACAGGAGACAAAGAAAUCAGAAAAGAAAAAGAAGCAAAAGAAAAAGCAGGCUGCUGCAGAUGCUAACAAAGGAGCAUCAAAGGCGGUUUCUUCCCAGCAACCAAGGCACGAAGCUGAGGUUGACCCUUCUGAACUUGGUGGAAAUAAGCAUGAUUUACCAGAUGAUACAGAAGAACUGUUUUGGGGUGCACCUGCCAGCGUGCAAAAUGAGGAAUAUGACACUAACAAAGCUGAAUCAGAAUUUAGUUCUCUAUCAUCUGAUCCUCAUACAGCAGCAAACCAGCGUGCAUGGAAACAACCUACCCAGGGACUCAGGCCCAAAUCACUUCUGGAAAUUCAAGCUGAGGAACAACAGCGCGCACAGAAAGGAUUAGCUAUGGAAAGUGCUAAGCCAGCAGCUUCAAUACCUUCAAUUCCUUGGAAUGGCAUGGCAACAUCUUCUGAGCAACAUUAUGGGGGUUCAAGUAAAUCAUUGGGAGGCAUGGAAACUGCUGGUGAAAGAAAUAAACGAAGCCAGUUGCAUGACUUGCUGGCAGAAGAAGUUUUGGCAAGGUCAAGCAUUGCAGAUAAUGAGAAUAUAGGUAAUGCCAAUGAUGCAUUUUUUCCUCCUCUGUCACCUGCUCCUGCUCAGUCUGAUGCUCCUGCUCUUGAUGACAACGACUUCAUUGAGGCUAAGGACAAGAAGAAUAAAAAGAAGGCAACAAAAACAAAGGCUUCUACUGUGAAAGCUCCAUCACCUGUUGGUUCCUUUGACCCAUCAGCUAUUUCCAUGCCUACUGAGAAGGGGAAGGCAGCCAAGCAAGCACAACAGGAGUCAGAAAUAUUGCCGGCUCCACCAAGUGGUCCAUCCUUUGGAGAUUUCGUUCUUUGGAAGAGUGAUCAAGCGAGCUCCGUGCCUGCUCCAGCAUGGUCUAAUGACUCUGCAAAGGUGCAGAAACCUUUGUCGUUGAGAGAUAUUCAGAGAGAGCAAGAGAGGAGGUCCGCUGCUAUGCAGCAACAAGCACCCUCGCCAAUUCCAGCAAAGGUCGCCAUGAACCAAAAAAAUCAUGGGAAUGCUUCUUCCUGGCAAGCUUCUGGAUCAUCUCCAUCAAAGGCAGUUGCCCCUGUCCAAAUGAGUUCCAAUACUCCCGGUCGUUCCAAGUCAAGUGCUGAAGACGAUUUGUUUUGGGGCCCUUCUGAGCACUCCAAACAAGAUAAGAGGCAGACGGAGUUUCCAACUCUUUCAAGUCAGAGCAGGAGUUCCGUGAUGAAGGAUCAAUCUCCAGCGAAUCGUCAAAAGUCUCAGGCAGGCAGGUUGCCGGUUUCUUCUGCUGCUCCUGCCAACCAAUCUGGGAAAGGGAAAGCAGAAGCUUCAAACAAGCAGACAGAGGCAAUGGACUUCCGUGAUUGGUGCGAGGGCGAAUGGGUCAGGCUCACUGGAACAAAUGACAUAAGCCUCCUCGAGUUCUGCAUAAAACAAUCAACUGUUGAGGCAGAAACACUCCUUCGGGAGAUCAUUGGUUCUCUCGACCGCAACCAUCAGUUCAUCGACAAGUUCCUCAACUACAAGGCCUUCCUGUCAUCUGAGGUGAUCGACAUGGCCUUCCAAGCUCCCAGCACGCGUGGUACCCGCGGUGACGGUGCAGCACGGGCAAACCCUGCAACUGCAGCCAGAGGAGGUACGGGCGUGGACAUGGAGCUGGACGGCGGAGGGAAGAAGAAAGGCAAGAAGGGGAAGAAGGUGAGCGCCGCAGUUUUGGGGUUCAAUGUGGUGAGCAACCGUAUUAUGAUGGGUGAGAUCCAGAAUGUCGAAUAGGAGGUUCUGGGCGAUGGCAUCAUGUAUAUACAUGCUUUUGUUUCCCGGGACAUCCAUCACCGCAUGACUUGUGUACAUACAAUAGUUUACCUGACCCUCCGGUGACAUGCUUCGGCGUUGCCGUGUUUUUGCUCUCAUGGGAUGAGAAGUUAGCGUGUCCUGGUGAGUGCUCUGCAAUGGAGCAGUAUUUUGACUCGUUUUUGCUUGGAGGUGUGGACUGGGCUUACAUUCAGGGUCAUGUGGUGGUGAUUUUGGGUUCCUGUAACAUUUUGUUGGAACUUACCUUUAUUCUUAGGUUCGUGUACCAGACAGAAGAUUUUAUUCUCAAUGGAAACUUACCUGAGAAGAACCAAGAUGGUUUCUGUUUGUUGA